CAACUCAAUUGCGUACGCACGUGCUGCUCCCUACUUGAUAGGUGUCGAUAGUUGCAUGUUGAUGUUUGUUGGGGAAGGGUCGUGAUAGAUAUUAAAAAUGUCCGUCGCAGAAUUCCUGAAAGGUCUUCCAUCCUAUGAUGAAAACAAUUUUGCACGGUUCCACACAGACAGUGGAAGUCGUACUUGCGUGAAACGUCCAUCAGUUUAUUUACCAACAAAAGAUUAUCCAUCUGAACAAAUUAUAGUAACAGAAAAAACAAACAUCCUGUUAAGGUACCUGCACCAGCAAUGGGACAAAAAGGCUUCACAAAAGAAGAGGGACCAUGUCUCAGUUGAAACGUCUGAUGACUCAGUAGCUAGGAAAAGACCGCGCUUGGAUCCGGCGUCUAUGAGCAGCUCUCCUUAAAAUCACUAGAACUCAGUACCUCACUUGUGUUCCAUAUCUUCCAGCCAAUCAAAACAUGUGCCAGAUGCUGGAGUGGUAAAUGACGAUUGACUACUACCUUAUUUGUGGUUCAUUUUACAGUGAUAACUUUUUGAACAUAAUUUUUCUGUUUAAAAAACUUGUUUUGUGGUUUAAUUGAGGGAGUGAAAUGAUAAAAAUUGUAUGUGAGGUGUUUAAAUGUUGUUGCACUUACUCAUAUGACUUUGUGUACUUUAAUUCAUUAAUUGAAUUGAAAAUUAGGGUUUCAUAGUGUUGUUAUUUCUUUAACUGGAAUGAUUCAGAUCACUUAACAGAGAACUUACAUAUUGCAUGUAUUGAAUAAACUGUUGUGAUCACUGUUAAGUUGCUUGUAUAUAUAAUUUAUUUAGUCAUAUUUGCAGAUAUGUGCAUCAGUGGCUGCUUUUGUGUGUGACACAGUUCUGUUGUAAGCUGUUUACCUGUAUUUUGUGGUGAUAACUGCUGUGAACUUGAGGAUUUUAACUCCACGGGGGUUUCAUUUUGUUUUAUUGUGAAAAAUGUAUUCAUUUACUACUUGUACAGUGUAUGAACAGCAUAAAAAUCUGUGUAAUACCUCUUCAUAGUUCUACCAGUGAAACACACAUUCUUCUUAUUAGCAUAAGUUCUGACAACUACAAAAUCGUUAAUUAAAUUACAAAUUUGGAACUCAAUGUACCCUGUAUUCAAAGUAAGGGUAAUAUCUCUAUUUCUGUUGUAGUUAAAGUGUAUAUUGUAAAGAGCAGUCCUUUGUUGAUAUAGAAUAUCUACUGUGGACUAUACCGCUGUAGCAAUGCCAAAUAAGUCUUCACAAAUGCUUCUGUCUAAAUUCACUUGUGAACCCGUCUAAAAGUAAUUUCUUCCCAUCUUUCAAACAAAUUAGGACUAUCAGCAAUGUAAUAUUGUUUUGAUAUUUUAUUCACAAACGUUUUUUAUAUAGAGCUUGUUAGAUGUAAUAUAAGUUAAUUGACACUUAUUGAUAUAUGUAACGGAAUUGCCACAGCUGGGGUGUAAGAAAUUUGUGUAUAUUUAAAGAAAGAAAGCGGUUGAUACCAAUGUAUCAUAAAUAAACUGAGACAUAGUUCUUCUAAA